AUGCGAUUGGACCCUGGCUUUGUUGUUUUAGGAAAUGGAACAUCUGAAUGUUACUACUUUCAUGAGAACUGCUUUCUGCUGGGAACCAUUGCCAAGGCCUGUCUCCAGGGCUCUGACUUGCUGGUGCAGCAGCAUUUCCGCUGGGUUCAGCUGCGGUGGGAUUGCGAGCCCAUGCAGGGACUGCUGCAGAGGUUCUUAAGAAGGAAAGUUGUAAACAAGUUCAGAGGUCAGGUGCCCUCACCCUGUGACCCCGUGUGCAAGAUUGUUGACUGGGCUCUGUCUGUCUGGCGUCAGCUCAACUCCUGCCUGGCCCGCUUGGGCACACCUGAAGCUCUUCUUGGGCCAAAGUUUUUCCUGUCUUGUCCUGUAGUCCCAGGACAUGCCCAAGCAACAGUGAAGUGGAUGUCUAAGCUGUGGAAUGCUGUCAUCGCACCCAGAGUUCAAGAAGCAAUAUUGUCAAGAGCCUCUGUGAAAAGGCAACCUGGCCUUGUGCAGACAGCUGCUAAAAAGCACCCUAGCCAAGGACAGCAGGCUGUGGUUAAAGCUGCACUCAGCAUCUUGCUUAAUAAAGCCGUUCUGCAUGGCUGUCCCCUCCCAAGGUCAGAGCUAGAACAGCAUACAGCACACUUCAAUGGAGGAAGUUUCCCUUUGUCCAUAGUUUCAAGUUAUAGCAAGAAGAAAGGAGACAGUGGUGCCUGGAGAAAGGUGAACACCAGCCCUCGCAAGAAGCCUGGCCGUUUCUCUUCACCCACCUGGAACAAGCUGGACCUGAGUCAGGAAGGUAUAAAAAACAAGAUAAUACCACAGCUGAAUUUUAACAGAAACACUUCUCUGUCAAAACAAAAGUCCUUAGAGAAUGACCUGUCAGUGCCAUUGACUUUGGAUCAGAGACUCUCUCUUGGUUCAGAUGAUGAAGCAGAUCUUGUCAAGGAGCUUCAGAGUAUGUGCUCCAGCAAAUCUGAAUCUGACAUAAGCAAGAUUGCUGAUUCCUUGGAUGAUUUAAGGAGGUUUGAUAGCUCAGGAAACAACCCUGAAUUUUCAGAACCUUUUAAUAAUCCAAGAAUGCCAGUGUCACAAAAGGAGGCCAGUCCUCUCAGCAGCCAUCAAACUACUGAAUGCAGCAACAAUAAAUCAAAGACUGAGUUGGGUGUCUCAAGAGUUAAAUCUUUUCUUCCUGUUCCUAGAAGUAAAGUCGCCCAGUGUUCCCAGAACACCAAAAGAAGCAGCAGCAGCAGUAAUACAAGGCAACUAGAAAUCAACAACUCCAAAGAAGAAAAUUAGAACCUACACAACAUGAACAAGCUAAAAAACCUAACCAAUAGGCCUGCCUACAAUAUUCUCACUAUCAACUAACUUCUGUAUAUUUCACACAGAAAAUAAGAUGUAAAUACCUUCAAAUGCAUAAAAUGUUUUCACUGUAAUAUAAAGUAUGAGUGCAGGACCACUAUUCAAAAUUUUGUAAAGAAUGUAUUUAUAACCCAACAUUUUUUUUUAAUUCUGUAGGAUUAAACUUCAAUACCAAGAAGUAUGGCAACUUUUCAAGUAGUUUUAUAAUAGAAACAUUGUAAUAGUUUUAAUCAAGAUGUUCAGGGGUAUUAAAACAGAACUGUCUGUGUACUGUAUAUCACUAUAUAUGUGUACAUAUGUAUGAAUAUUUAAGGAAAUACAGAAAUCAUAUUAUAUACAUGUUACAAAAUAUAUACAACCUUGACUUAGAUAACAUGCACCACCUUAAAUGGUGAUCAUAAUUUUAUGUUCACCUGAUGGGGAAUGACUAGAAUGGGGCAAUAACAAAUCAUUUUUAAACAGUUAUUUUCCAUUAAAAGCCAUAUUAAAUAUUUUGCCUGUUAAAGUCCAGUUUUACAUUUUGGAUCUUUUAGUGGUUACAUUGCCAUUUGGUUGCAUUAUGUAUAUAUUUAUGCUUAUGGGUUUGCAUUAUGACUCUUGUAAAAUAUGAAAUUAUAAUGCAAUAAAAGUGUUAUCUUUCUUACAGAAGUUUUGUACCUAAGUGGAUAUAAAAAAAAUCUGUGUAAAGACUUCAAUAAAUAACUUCCUCUUCAGUAUUAUUUCUAGUAGCACAACUGAUAAUAAAAUUGUUAUUUUCUAGAGGUGUUUCUUCUAAAAAUUACCGACGAAAUCACUUAUUUGCUUUGACACCAAAUAAAAUAAUUGAAUU